AACAUGUCCAAAAGUUGCGGAAACCACCCCCUGUAUAUCAAACACAAAAUGAAGGAUCCGACCAUAAUCCAAGGUUCAGAUCCACUGUUUCCGUAGAUGGUGUGAGCUACACGUCGUCAAGCACAUUUCAACUUCGUAAGAUGGCUGAGUUGGAUGUUUCCAGAAUUGCAUAUACUGCCAUAAUGCAGAAGGAAAAAACUGAAGCAUUGCAGUUUAUACAACAGGAUAAAACCUAUUGCAAGUCUAUUAUGGUUGAAUUUGCAUCUAAGAAGAAUAUAAGAAUACCUGUUUACCAGACAAAACAUCUAAACGCAUCGGUUCCUGUUUUCCAUUCUACGCUGCUUUUCAACGGUGGUACUUAUCAGGGAGAUAUUGCCAAAAGCAAGAAAGAAGCCGAACAAUUGGUGGCGCGCUCUGUUAUUAUUAAUAUUUUAGCUUUGGAGUCUGAUACUGACAUGACGGACAUAGUGAAUAGCAAGCUCCGGCGUAAUAAGGAAAUCGAACGUAUUCAGAUUAGCUCGCAUGUUUUAAAAGCACAAGCGGGCUACAGAACUAGCACCAUGGCUCCAGCCUCAGCCACAGCUACAGGUGUACCUCAACCAAUUAUUCCACAACAGUUGGUUGAGCCAGUUACUCCAGCUGCUCCUGUUGUAGUUCAACCGUCUACUAAACGAGUAAAAACUGAGUCGGUUGAUCUAGACGUUCCUCUUGAAACUCGACGACCAACUCCACGAGUAUCAACUAAGUCGAACUUAGUUCAAGGAACCAUGGCUCCACCAACAAUUCCACAUUCAGUUGCACCUCAACCGAUUGUUCCACAACUGUCAGUGGGACGAGCCGCUCCAGCUAUUCCUGUUGCAAUUCAACGUCCUACUCAACUAGUAUCAACUAGUCCAAUCCAUGCGUUUGUUCGUGUUCCUGUUGUAAGUCAACAGCCUAUCAAGGCAGCUGUUGCUGAACCUCGGGUUUUGCCACCAGUCCCAUAUGUGGUAGUCAACAACUCAUGCACUCCUGUCGUAUCAACGACAAUGGUUGAAAUUCCAGCAACCACCAAUGUGAGUCCUCUACCACAGCCAGAAGCAUCACCUGCUCAAUCACUGGAGUACAUAACACUUGUGAAUCAAGCUUCUGACAAGAAACGAAGGCGGACACAAUUGAAAAAUGCCCGAAAGAAGAUGCGUGCUAAUGCUCAGUAAGUGUUAUCAAGCUUCUUAGCAUGGUGGUGGCGUGGGUUUGAGCCUCUGAAUCGUUUAUUAUUGUUAUAGUGUUUUAAGCUAUGUAGAAGUUUGUUGUACUGUUGGUUGUGUUUUCGACCUUAUAAUUGGUGUUUUUGUAGGUGAUCAUGAAUCAUGAUA